AUGGCACACAUUGGCUCAGAUGUGUGUGAGAUGCAGCUGAAUGGAGUUUCAGAGGUGAUGGAUCUGCUGUUCAUAGACGUGGAGACUGAGAGGGGGGGGGGGGGGGGCAGGCCUGGGAGGGAAGCUGCACGGUCUUCAAGGAAUGUGUCGAGGAAGCAGCAACACUGGGAGAGGCACAUGGCAGCGAAGAAAAGCAAGAGGAAAGAGGAGAAGCAGAGAAAGAAGAUCAACCGUGAGAAGGAGUCAGGCUCUAGCCCAGAUAGUCCUCAGUUUACCAAACGAGUCAUGAAAGCCAUCACCGAAGAGCGUCUAGCUGAGGCUCAGUGCGUCGGGCUCAAACUGUGUGUGGACCUGAGUAUGAGUGACAGCAUGUCUGACAAGGAGUUAGGUCGACUGGCGGGCCAGUUGAGAAGGCUGUACGGCUUGAACAGGAAGGCGAGCCGACCGUUUCACCUCCUGCUGACGGACCUGAGGGAGGACAGCCGGCUCUACAGGGAGUGUCUGAGGAAGAACCAUGCAGGCUUCCACAACUACAUGGUGAGUAUUACCUUCACUACCUCUGUCGACACCCAUAAACCGAUAUUGGACUCCUUAACUCCAAUCACACGUGCAGUGGACAGUUCCAUUUAG